AUGGGCUUCUUUUCUACUACAGAGCUUGCAUCAACAUUUAAAAAGCCCUUGUAUGCACUGCAUAGGUCAUACAAAUAUGUUAAGUUGGAAAAUGGUUUAAGAACGCUACUCAUAUCCGACCCCGAAUGCAGAGCAACUGCCGCUGCUGUAUGUGUUGGUGCAGGUUCGCAUAGUGACCUCGAUGAACUACCUGGAUUAGCUCACUUUUGUGAGCAUAUGCUUUUCAUGGGAACGAACGAAUUUCCCAACCCUCUGGACUUUUGGACGAAGUUGACUUCCAUGGGGGGCAAUACAAAUGCGUAUACAAUGGGCGACUACACAUGCGUUCACUUUGAAGUCUCAAUGUUCGAUACAUUAGUUGGUGAAGAGUUGGGAUUAAAUUAUUUGAUGAAGAACUUUAGCUCCUUCUUUAGAAAGCCAAUGUUUGUAGAGACUUAUAUGAAUAUGGAAGUUAAAAGUAUUGAUGACGAACAUCAGGGUAAUAUUGUUAAUGAUGAAAAAAUUUUAUAUCAUGGAUUAAGACUACUCAGUAGCGAGGAGCACCCAUUUCAUAGAUUCGGUACUGGUACUAAAGCUACGCUAAGCUCGAAAUCUACUCGGGAAUACAUGAUUGAGUACUAUGAGAACAAUUUUGUAUCGGAAAACAUGGUUUUGGUUCUAAUAUGCCCGCUAUCUUCGAACCAGUUGCAGAAGUUGGCGGUGACCAAUUUUGCGAGCAUACCCAAGUCGGAGGGGUUGUCACAGAAGUCUUCAAGUAAGAAGAGACGAAGCAAGACAGGGUCAAGACGAUUUAUUACUACAUCCAUUCCAAGCCUGAUCUCGCGAGAUGUGACAUCAAAGAUUUUUCCAACUGAAGUCACAGGAAGAUUAUUACACAUCAAGAGCGAGAAAGCUUCUAAUGUGAGAUUAUUUUUGCCCAUAUACAAUUUUGAAAACUCUUUUUAUGAAAGUGUGUGGUGCUCACUAUUAGGGGAUGAAUCCUUAGGAUCUUUAUGCGAUUAUUUAAAGAGAGUUAAGAAGUGCGUUUCUUCAAUGUACGUUUACACUCAGAGGUUAUCAAAAGAAAAUAAGAUUCUAGUGGUUGAUCUUGAAAUUUUAAAGAUUUUUAAUUUGAAUCUGUUGAUUCAGACAAUUUGGAGUUUUAUUGACCAAAUUUUGGACCCAACAUUGACCGACUUAACCACUGUGUUGCACGAGUAUUCCCGAGUAUUCGAAUAUCAAGCAUAUUUUUCCACGAGUGAUAGAUCUACUGUUAUGGAUGAAGCUGCAAAUUACGCUUUAAGUCUUAUGGAAAACAGGGUUCAAGAUCUAGAGUAUUUGGUUACGGGAGAUUCCUUUAUAUUCCACGGGGACAUACAGCAUUUUUCAAUCAAGACAAGGGAAGUUUUCAACAUGCUGAGCUUGAAUGUUAUAAUACUAUGCAAUGAUGCUAAUUGGGAUUGGUCACUCAACAAUCUUUCGAAAGACCCUUAUUAUCACUUCCAGUACGCCAUCACCAAUUUAAACUAUGCACGCACUAAAGAAUCAAUUCCUCGGUUCUUCAUCCUUAAACAGAAUCCAUUUAUUGCCAUGACCCAUAAUGGGCUAGAUUAUCAAUUGAACUCGUCACAUUACACAAUGCCAUAUGCAUUAGAAGCAAAUAAUUUGGUACCAAAUUUGAUCGACUUUUCAAUGUAUCACGAAAUUUGGCAUUCACAAUGUUCAUCAUUCAAUGUGGUGACCUCAUUUCAAAUUUGCUUUUCCAGCAUUCCCAAUAAACCUUCAAGUUUGGUAGCAAUUGAGAUAAUUGUAGAAUAUAUUGGAGAACAUUUAAGGACGUCAUUCUACCAAGCUGAGUUGGCAUUGUUUUCUUGGGGUAUUUUUUCAAAUUUAGUUACAACUCCUUCUUUGACUUUCGAAAUUCGGGGACCCAUCAAUGGAUUCCUAUACUUUUUGAAGGAGUUUAUCGUAAGGGUGAAAAAUUUAAUAUUGACAUUCAAUCUUGAUUACAAAAAAUUCGUGGCGAUGAAGUUGCAAUUGCGCCAAAACUAUGAUGAUUUGCAACAUGGUGAAACAAAUACAACUGUUGUGGCAGUGUCAAUGAUGGCUUUAGAACAAGAUAUAGCAAGCAUUGAGGAGAGACUUGAAGCGAUAGAACUUUUGGAGACUAGCAAUUUAGUGCAUAUAUGCGACUUGAUUCUUAAAGAUUACAAGUAUGCUGGUAUUCUUGUUACUGGUGGUGACAAACAAUUUGCAGCUGAAGUUUGCAAGGUGAUCAACAUAUUGACGUCACACGAAAGAAUCUAUUUAACUAAAUCUAUGUUUAAUUUUACAUCUAGUGUGACAUUGAGAAACGGAAGAAAUUACGAUUUGAUGUUAGAAAAUUCCUCUUCGGAAGAUCCUACUGACGUUAUAUACUACUAUAUCCAACUAUGUCCUAGACAAGAUGAGAGGAGAAUCGUUGCCAAAUUUUUGGCUUAUCACAUGAACCAAACUGUUCGACACCAACUACGUACUAGAAGACAACUUGGUUACUUGAUUUUAAGUGGUAUAAGAAUUAACAAACUGACAAUCGGUCUAUAUAUACUUCUCAAUAGUGCCUCCUAUAAUUGUUCAAAAAUAUUACUCGAAAUUGAGCAAGCCUUGUUUGAGUGGGAGAUGCAAGUGCUAACCAUGACAAAUGAUCAAUUUCAAGAGCUAUAUGAAUUGUUUAUGAAAAAGCAGGAUCGAGAGAAACCCGACACAUUACCCUCAAACAUCUCAGCAGCAACCAAGCCAACCAAACAGAGUGACAACUAUACAGCCCAGAAACAGCAUUCUGCAAACUUUGAAAGUAUCAUGACUAAAAACUAUGACUUUGGACGCUAUGAGGAUUUUAAUUACGCGAAUAAUACCGAUUUCAAACUAGAAGACGUCGUAAACCUCUUUAGGGAAAGAAUCUCAAUCAAGUCUACACAACGAGCAACACUAUCAAUUCUUGUGUCAUCUAAAAAGGGAAAGAUGAAGAGAAAUCUUGAGGCGAACAAAAAGAUUGUGCAGUCAUUAUUAUCUGACCGAGGGUAUCAGUUGACAUCGUUACAGUUAACUAGCUUGCUUCACGAAUCAAACAAUAAUGUUUCGAUAGUUAUACAAAAGUUGAGAAAUUUAGGAUACAAAAUUUCAACAAAGCAGGGCCACAGACUUCACAAAGUCUUAUGGACGAUAAAGAACUUCAAAGAAAACAACUUGAUAAAGCUAGAGCGUAUGCAACAAAUCUGCGUAGCCAGAUAUGGCAAAGCAUAUCAGACUAAUCAAGUAGUCUUACCUCACUUGAGAGUGAGAAAUGUUGAUGAAAUUCAUACCGAGGCUAAAUUCAUCAAUCAGAAUAAACAUGUAAGUCGGUCACAGGGAAUUUACGAUCAUGAAAACGAGGAUACAUAUGAUUUGAAUUCGUUGAUGUAG